AUGUGCUUUAUUUUCACCUGUGGAGAACAUGAGUUCUCAUCGCAACUUCAGGGAUACGAGAAUGUGUUAUGCCAAUGUCAUAAUUGUGGAAAUUAUUCUGCGAAAGUCAUAAAGAGACAUCCCUGGUUCACAUUCUGCUUCAUCCCAGUUCUCCCAUUGAGCUUCCAUGCUUACGAAGAUGUUGUCUGCUCUAUCUGCAAUUUCGCACAACCACUUCAAAACCGACCAGAUGUUCAAUCCCAGAUAAACGGAGGAGGCCAAGUGCCAUUACAGAAUCAACCCCCAGGUGGCGGCGGCGGCGGUGGUGGUGGUCCUGCGAAUCCUGGUUGGGGAGGAGGUCCGCCAGGUGGGAAACCACAACAACCUAUGCAGUACGCAUAA